AUGGCGGCUUUGCGCCCGCGACCCGGGAACCGACUCUUCCGAACUUACGGACCUGUCGCCAGCUGGGGGCCACGGCCGUGGCCCGGGCGGGCAGCCGCGCAGUGGUUCUCGCCGCAGGACCGGAAACAUCUGUUUAGCAGCAGCAGUAGCAACAACGCUAGCAGCAGCUGCCCCUCGGAGUCGGUCGUUUCCGACGACUCUGAUGAUCCGGACUUCCGCGGGAGUCCGGUCCGUCCGCGGCGGAGGCGCCCCUGCAGCCGAAUCCCCAAGGAUCUGCCGAGCCUAGUCGUCACCCCCAGACACCUGAGACUGCGAGCGCGACCCCCGCAGAAGUGCAGCACCCCGUGCAGUCCCCUCGGCCCGCCGCCCUUCCCCGACUGCAACCCGGGCCUCCUGAGCCCGGACCUCAGCGUGUGCAGCCAGCGCGGGGAUGCCGACGAGCAGGGCACCAGCGCCUCCCUGUUCAGCGCCCCCACAUCUCCCCGCAGCCCCAGCCCUACAGCCCCCGCAACGCCAGGGGACGAUGUCAUCUGUGUCGGCGGCUCGGCCACUAUGGAUCCAGCCUCCAGGGUCCCCGGAGACGCCCGCUGCCCGGACCCGGCAUCGCCACCUUGGACGAGGAAAGCAGCGGCCAAGGGAGGCAGGCUCACCAGGGCCGCGCUCAGGUCAGCUCUCUUCCAAGUUAUAGACUCGGAGAACUCUGAGUUUGGGGCCACUGGGAAGACUCUGAGGGAGGCCUGCAGUAAGAGCGGACUGGUGGGGGACAGGCUGGGGGGCGCAGGUUUGUCAAACACCAGAAAGACGAGAGCCACCGCCCGGCGCCCUGUGCAGGACGUCCGGAUGGAAUCCGAGGCGGCCAGUGGCUACAAGGGCAGGACUCGAACUGGGGAGAUCAAAAGACCAGAAAGGACUAGACCAUCCCUGAAGAGGAAGCAUCAGGAGGUGGCAGAAACUUCCCUUCUUCAUGACCGUCCGUCUAAAAAGGGCCAAAAGAGGCAGAGAAAGUCAUUCGUCUCGCAGAACUCUACUCAGUCACAAGAUUCCUGCUCCUGGGCCAGGACCAGGGCCUCGCUCUCUUUCCACAAGAAGAAGAUUGUAACUGCUGUGACAGAUGUGGGCAGCGUGGACUAUUCUGCCUCCGAGUCCCUCCUAUCAGAAUACACCAACCAUUCCAUCGUGAACAGAACAAACAGUGCCCACUCUGCUUGGCACUCCUCCUCCAUGUAUUUGCUGAGCCCCUUAAACACGCUGCAUAUUGUAGACCAAAAGACAUCACAUGCAGAGAAGGUUUUUGGGGAAUGCAGUCAGGAGGGCCCUGUGCCCUUCAGCUGCUGCCUUCCCACAGAAAAAUUGGAACACUGCGAGAAGAUUGGGGAAGGCGUGUUUGGUGAAGUGUUUCGGACCAUUACGAACUGUGCACCUGUGGCUUUGAAAAUCAUUGCCAUCGAAGGUCAUGACUUAGUCAAUGGAUCCCAUCAGAAAACCUUUGAGGAAAUCCUUCCAGAGAUCAUCAUCUCCAAAGAGUUGAGCCUCCUGUCGCAAGAGGCACACAACCGCACUGAAGGCUUCAUUGGCCUGAACUCAGUGCACUGUGUCCAAGGGACAUACCCUCCCUUGCUCCUCAGAGCCUGGGAUCACUAUAACUCCACCAAGGGCUCUGCCAAUGACCGGCCUGACUUCUUCGAUGACCAUCAGCUCUUCAUCGUCCUGGAAUUUGAGUUUGGAGGGACUGACUUGGAGCGAAUGAGAACCCAGUUGUCCUCUAUCGCUACGGCCAAGAGCAUCCUGCACCAGAUCACCGCCUCCCUUGCUGUGGCAGAGGCAUCCCUGCACUUUGAGCACAGAGACCUGCACUGGGGGAACGUGCUGUUAAAGAAAACCAACCUCCAAGAGAUCGAUUACACUCUGAAUGGGAAGACCAGCACUAUCCCCACCCGGGGGGUGCUUGUCAACAUCAUUGACUACACCUUGUCACACCUGGAGCGGGAUGGAAUAGUGGUUUUCUGCGACAUUUCCAUGGACGAAGACCUAUUUACAGGUGAGGGUGACUACCAGUUUGAAAUCUACAGGCUAAUGAGGAAGGAGAACAACAACUGCUGGGGUGAAUACCACCCUUAUAAUAAUGUGCUCUGGCUCCAUUACCUCACGGAUAAGAUUCUGAAAGAAGUGAACUACAAGCAUAAAAAUACCUCCUCUACUAUGAAGCAAGUGAAGCAGGAGAUCCAACAUUUUUAUAAGACAAUGUUGAACUUCCGCUCUGCCACGGAGCUGCUUUGUCAACACAGUCUAUUUAAGUAA